UGACGUGACAUACACCGGGGGAUGACUUGAUGAACCCCAAGUAUGCGUGCUCAAUACGGGAUACUCAGAGGCACGAAAGUUUUAAAUUUAAUAAGUAAAUUAAUGUCGAGAACCAAAAUGAAACUUCUUACAAGUGUUGUUUAAUCCUAUUUUCAAAUACAUGUAGCAAAUAAUAGUAGCGACUAUUUGAAGAUAUCAUGUUCUCAAAGUGAUUUAAGCUCUUCUGUCAGAAAGAAUUUGUCACCUGGCUGACCUACACUCGCAUGGAAUGGAAGUGGGAUUCGCGUGGGACCUUCUCAGUCGAAACUUCCCUGAAUCUCCCCCUUAUUCACCUUGUACAAUUUAUUUUUGAGUAUAUUUUCCAUUUUUCACCGAGAAGAUUUGUGAUUGUACCAUAUACUGGAAACAAUUCGUAUGAAAUUCUUCGUUGUUAAUCGCCCAAGAUUAACAGUUGCACAGGUGGCCGAUCGUUUGAAAAGAUGUUCAAAUUUGAAAGAGAUUGAAUCAUUUUAUGCAAUGAUGAUCAAGAACGACACAACUCAAAAUUGCUUCUUGGUAAACCAAUACAUAACUGCUUGUUCCACUUUUCACAGUAUAGAUUCGGCAAUUUUUGCGUUUUCUCAGAUGGAAAAUCCCAAUAUAUUCGUGUACAAUGCAAUAGUUGGGGCCUUUGUAAAUUGUUUUCGCCCAUUUGAAGCUUUACAGUACUACAUUGACAUGCUGAGGAAUUCUGUAUAUCCAAGUAGUUAUACGUUCCCGGCAGUAACUAAGAGCUGUAGAGUUUUAUCUGCUGUGGGAUUUGGGGAAUGUGUUCAUGGGCAGGUCUGGAAAUACGGGUUCCCAUCGCACGUUCAUGUCUUAACUGCACUGAUUGAUUUUUAUUCGAGUUUUGGUAGGGUUGAUGAGUCAAGGAUGGUGUUCGAUGAAAUGCCAGAAAGAGAUGGUUUUGCUUGGUCUACAAUGAUUGAAGCUCAUGCCAGCAUUGGGGAUUUGGCUUCAGCGAGGAGGUUGUUUGAUGAGAUGACGGAGAAAAAUACUGCUGCAAGGAAUACCAUGAUUCAUGGAUAUGUGAGAGUUGGCGAUGUUAACUCUGCUGAGGAGUUGUUUUAUAUGAUGCUUGGGAAGGAUUUGAUUUCGUGGACAACAAUGAUCAAUUGUUACACAAAGAGCAAGCAAUAUAGCAAAGCCUUAGAACUUUUCUAUGAAAUGAAGAAUGAAGAAGUUAGACCUGAUGAAGUGACCAUGUCAACUGUAAUAUCAGCCUGUGCACAUCUUGGGGCACUGAACCAAGGGAAGGAAAUACACAUAUAUGCUAUGCAAAGUGGGUUUGAUCUCGAUGUUUAUAUGGGGUCUGCAUUGAUUGAUAUGUAUGCGAAGUGUGGGGUCUUGGAGAGGGCACUUGUGGUAUUUUUCAAGUUACAGGAGAAAAAUCUCUUCUGUUGGAAUUCUGUGAUUGAUGGGCUUGCAGUUCAUGGGCAUGCUAAAGAAGCAUUAGUGAUGUUUGGUCGAAUGGAGAAGGAAAAGAUCAAACCAAAUGGCGUGACCUUUGUUAGUAUUCUCAGUGCUUGUACUCAUGCAGGACUUGUGGAAGAAGGCCGGAGGAGAUUCUUUAACAUGACACACAAGUAUGGAAUCCUUCCUGAAAUUGAACACUACGGAUGCAUGAUCGAUCUCUUGUGCAAAGCCGGUUUGCUGGAAGAAGCACUAGAGUUGAUACGAGGUAUGAGAAUGGAUCCCAAUUCUGUCGUUUGGGGUGCUUUAUUAGGCGGUUGUAAGCUUCACAAGAACUUGGAGAUUGCUCAACUUGCUGUUGAUAGAUUGGUGGUCUUGGAGUCAAAUAGUACUGGAUAUUAUUCCCUUUUAGUUAACAUGUAUGCUGAAGAAAAUCGAUGGCAUGAAGUUGCAAGAAUUAGGACAAUCAUGAAGGAACAUGGAGUAGAAAAGAGAAGUCCUGGUUCGAGCUGGAUUGAAGUGGACAAAAAGACGCACCAGUUUUCUGCGUGUGAUAAUUAUCAUCCAGCAUCAGGAGAAAUUUACUCUAUACUGGAUGUUUUAGACCUGCAACUUAAGCUGAUUGGCUAUGUACCUCAGUAUGAUUUUAUCUUGUAAACAGUUGUGGUAGCAGAGGGCCAAAUUUUGGAUGCCAUACAUCGUACAUGUCAAUCCUGUUAGCCAAAAACUAUGGGAGAGCCUGUAGCAGUUUUAUAUGGCCCUGACGGGAACAAGUUUCUGUUUAUUAAUAAAAUAAACUGGUCACAAUUUGGUGGCCUACCUCUGUUAGGAUGCUUCUUGGACACUGUCUUGCCACCAUUAUUGGUGAUGAAGGGAAGCAAAUGAGAAGAUGCUAUCUUGUUUCAUCAUUCCUGAUGCAUUUACAAGGAACAACGUUCUUAAUGCAAAGAGCGCGACUAUUGCUAUAAAGAAACAAGUACAAUCAAUAGUCGGAAAAAGAAGAGUAACCUUGGAACAGGAAAUUGUUUCAGCUUCACAACAUCCUGAUGAAAAUGGCAAGUUUAUGUCUGAAUCAGCUGGCUGGUCACGACACUUCUAGUGUUGCCAUAACUAUGCUGAUGAAGAAUCAUGGACAACUUCCUUGAACUGGUGAAAAUGUUUUUAGAGGGGAGUUUUCACAGUGGGAUGAUGUACAGAAGAUGAGGUACUAGUAGAAUGUAUUGUCUGAAACUAUUAGACUAUCACCACCCACAAUAGGUGCUUUUAGAGACGCACUAGUCGAUUUUAAGUAAGCAGUUUAUGACAUUCCCACGGGAUGGAAGGUACUUAAAUUUUUCUCUUAUUUAUUCUUACUUCUUUUAUGAGAUUUUCCAAGACUUCUGGAAUUUUCUUCCCCCCUUUAUUCACAAGUAAAAAAGAAUUUCAAGAAUUUCUGUAACAGUAAUUUAGGACCGGUUUGGCGGUGCUUUUGAAAAGUCAAAAGCUAUUUUUCAGACUACGAAAAUGCUUUUGAACAUAUUAGGAUAAUUUCUUGGAAGUGCUUUGUUUGCCUAGAUGAGCUUUUAGAGGAAGCUAGUUUAGGGUAGAUUUCUAACGAAGCUCUUCUACUAGAAAUAAAAUCAGAAGCAUUGUCAAAGGGGCCCUUUUUGAUUCACUUUUGAACUAAUGAUUCAUGACCUAAUGAUGCUGUUGCAGCAGUUAUACAGGAAGGCCUUAUUCACAAAUACACUUUCUAGCUUGUUUGAAGAGAAUAUAAAAUUUGAUCCAUCGAGCUAUGAAAGGGCAGGACCUACCCCAUUUUCUUAUGUUCCAGUUGGAGGGGGAUCUCCGAUGUGCUAGGGUAAAGAGUUUGCUAGACUCGAUAUUCUUACAUUUCUGCAAAACAUAGUUAAGAAAUUUCGAUGGGAUUUACUGAUUCCUGAUAAGAAAGUAGAAUGCAUCUUAUGCCCACCCCAGUUGAAGGACUUCCAGUUCAUCUUCAUCCUCAUAAGCCCUAAGAUGUUAUGGCUUUUUAUGUUGAUGCUUCAUUGCAUUAGUUGAAGAAAAUUGGAGAGUUAAUAUUGAGAAAUACAUGGUCAAUCCCAUGUAUUAGGUAACAGCACUGGCUAGGUCCACUUGGACUUCUGUCAAGAUUAAGAAACUCAAGUGUGUGGAUACACCAUAGGUAAUCUUCCACCUAGUUAAAAUGGAAUUUUAGUAUGCAAAAGCUUGUCA